GUGAUCAUGUCCUCCUCCUCCAACUCAACGUCUACGAAGGGGAGAUGGACACACAAAAAAGCGCGUUCUUCUACCCGAGGCAAACUCGGAGAGCUGAGCGAGAAGGAAUGGAACCUUCUCGAGCCAUUUGAUGUGUUGGAUCUCAAAGACAAGGACGGAAAUCUCGAGUCAUUUCAUGUCUCGGAUACAAUUGCGAUCGUCUCGAGCAAAGACGUGUCGAAGUUGCAGCUUUAUGAUUAUUGGAUAGGAAAGAUAAAGGGCAUUAGAGGAGAGUCUGAAUCCAGCAGAGCUUGGGUCAUGGUAAACUGGUAUUAUUCGCCUCGAGAUGUUAAGGCGCAGAUCCCUGUGUUUGAACCUUCCCCAUCCGCGAGGUAUGAACGAAUAUAUUCACACCAUUGUGACAUUGUCUCAGCUACACAUAUCGCUGGUAAAGUCUCAGUCUUCCAGCUACUCGAAGACAACGCCGACCAACAUCCAAUUCCCGCCAACUCUUUCUUUUCUCGAUACUAUUUUGACAUCAAGGGCGGCCCAAAGAACUUCGCGGUCAUGCAGUUCACAUACCACGACCCCGCAACGUCUAUAUCAACCAUCCACAGCGCGAUCAACAUCAUGCGCUGCGACCUGUGCGCGGGCCCUUACAAUCCCGAAGCUUUUGAUCCAGACGAAAUACAGCGCUGGUGCCCCGCACCAGAAUGUCGACGUGGUUUUCACCACCGUUGUCUCGAUGCCGCAGAUAAGAAAUCGGAACCUUUUCCCUCCGUAACAGACCUAAUACUGGCCAGAAUAGCCAACAACGACGAUACCCAGUCGACUGAUGACGGUCCACCUGCCCGCUUGACGCAUGAAAACCUCCACUGUAUCCCAGCACAGCUUCUAACACUAGCGGCGCAGCCCCUUGUGCGUGGAGAACGAUUUGGUGUCGCUGGAAAUAUCGCUAUGAUUGCCCACGCCCGUCGAACAAUCCACAGUGCGCUGUCCGACCAGUCCUUGCCAACCUGCAAAACCCCGUAUUCAUUUCGAAGCAACCACGUCGACUUAAAUUUGGAUCUGUGGUACAAAGACCCUGCUUUUAAUGGUUGGGAAGGUGCCAUUAUAGAAGAACUCGAUCCUCAUCGAGGAGAGGACAGAAUGCGGUUAUUGCGGUGUCCUCAAUGUACGAGGGCAAUCUAA